CUCUUAGAACCACAGACUCGACCAAAUGCCUGUCUUCACCGAGUUUGCAGCAUCCUCCCGUGAACUUCGUGUUCUCCCCUCCUUCGCGCCGCCCCUACCUCGCCUCAGCCCGAACGAUCCUCGCGAUGGAGUCCCAGAGCGAUACGAAGUCGUCGUUGUCGGCGCUGGUCCCGCCGGGCUAAUGCUCAAUCUCCUCUUAGCCAGAUAUGGACUGAACGAUACAUCACUAUUGUGCAUCGAUGCUAAACCGGGAACGCUUAAAUCUGGCCAAGCCGAUGGCCUCCAACCCAGGACACUCGAGGUUCUGAAGACCCUCGGGCUAGCAGACGAAAUUCUCACCGAUGGCUGCCACAUGGAGGAAGUUGCAUUUUGGAACCCUUCGCCUAACAAGGAUGAGAUCAUUGAACGGACGGCGAUAGUGCCUGAUGUUGCCGUGCCGGCGCGAUUCCAGCACGAAGUCACAAUCCACCAGGGUCGCAUUGAGAGAAUCCUGGAAACGGAUCUCCUGCGGUACUCGAAAAGGGGAGUGCAGCGAGAUACUAAACUCUUAGACGUGACAAUCGAUGAGGAUGGCGAUUCAGAAUUCCCUGUGGUGGCGGAGAUCGAGACGGCUGGCCAACGACGGACGGUUCGAUCGAAGUAUUUGGUUGGUGCGGAUGGCGCUCAUUCCGUGGUCCGUCGUUGUAUGGGUCUGAAGUUGGUGGGCGAAUCGCUGGAUCACAUCUGGGGUGUGGUCGAUCUUGUCGUCGAUACCGAUUUUCCUGAUAUCAGGAGACGCUGUGCGAUCCAUGCCCCGGCUACUUCAGUGAUGGUGAUUCCACGCGAGCGGAUUGCGACCGGUGACUACUUGACCCGGUUGUAUGUUCAAGUGCCAGACGAAGCCACCCCAGAUGAGGACCAGAAGUCAGUAAAUGAAUCCACGCCAAAGGACGCUCGAGCUCGCAGGAGCCAGGUCACUCUCGACGGGAUUUUUCAUGCUGCGGCCGAAGCCUUCAAGCCGUACUAUAUCCGACCGAAAACGGACGGCGCCGUGGAUUGGUGGGCGGCGUAUCAGAUUGGCCAGCGAGUGUCGGAUCAGUUCACAGUGAAAGAUUCGAAGGGAGCUAAUCGGGUAUUCAUUGUGGGAGAUGCUUGCCAUACUCAUAGUCCCAAGGCAGGCCAAGGGAUGAACGUCUCCAUGAUGGAUUCUUACAACCUAGCGUGGAAACUGGCUUAUGCAAUCAAUGGUCUCACUCCCGCGUCAGCAUCGCCAGGAAAGCCUGAUGCUGUUUUGGAUACAUACCACACUGAGCGUCACACGAUCGCCCAGGAGCUUAUAGAGUUCGACCGUGCCUUUUCGUCCAUGUUCUCUGGAAAGAUCGGCGCAGCAGAGGACGGCGCAGACGGCCUGACGCACGAGCAGUUCUUGGAAGUAUUCAGUACUGGCAACGGGUUCACCAGUGGCUGUGGAAUUGAAUAUCCUGAGAGUCCGAUCGUGCAGAAGGUGCAAGGUGGCAAGAAGAAUCCAAUUGAGGGAACUGACUAUCUCUCUGGCAUCCUUCGUCCGGGUCGGAGACUGCUGAACGUCAAAUACCGUAGACAUGCCGAUGGGAACCGGCGGAACUUGCAUGAUGAUUUCUUGUCAACUGGUCGAUUCCGUAUUCUUUGUCUCACGUCGUAUGAUCUGCUGUAUCCGAAGGGCGUCUCUGCCCAGACAUUGCGGACGAUAGGGUCUGCAGUGCUGCCCCGGUUCCCUGCAUCCGUGAUCGAGCAAGUUGUGAUCCAUCCCCGUCUGUCUCGGGAAUUCACUUGGCGUGAUUUACCAGCCGAGCUCAAAAGACACUCAGAGAUGAGCUUUUACAGUGGCUACGAGAUGGACGACGUGUACAAGAUCUACGGUGUAGAUGCUGCCCGGGGGGCUCUGGCUGUUGUUCGACCAGAUGGAUAUGUGGGCACGGUAGCUGCAUUGGACGACGUAAAACGGGUGGAGCAGUAUCUCGAGCGGUGUUUAAGAACCGUCCAGACCGCGAUAUGAUGCAGCGGUAACCGAAUGUGCAAGGUCAUCCUCUCUGGUGGAGACCCACAAUCGGUGCUACCAGAGUCUCACUCAUCGGGCACAAAGACAUCGCUACGAUCAAAGAGGAGGCAUUGGACUAGCAGGGACCGUAGGCGCAUGGUGAUGUGCUCUGCUUUGGUCCAGGCCAUCGGAGAUCCGAACUGGUGCCUGACGGCCUUGUAACAGAUGGUAGCGUCGAUAGGUCAAAUUGACAGCACAACGAAUCAUGAUUGGUGAAU